CCAUGCAGCUGGGGGCUGUGCACGUGGGUAGCGGGAGUGGAUCCCAACGUGAACUUCAGAGGGUUGACCUCAGGACUGGGUGCCUCACAGGAUGUGGGGUGCAGGGGGAAGGGUGGCCAGGGCAAUUCCUGGGCUCUGGCUCAGGUGCCUGGGGCUGGGUGGCACUUAACUACAUUAGACACUGCAGGAAACAUGAGACUAGACAGUUCCCUGUUCUUUCAGUUAGACAACACGCCUCAAGCUCCCUCAUCAUCCAAGGUUCCGGCCCCUCAAGUGUAACAUCUGCAGUUGAACCCAUGUCCCAAAUGGAUUUGCCCUGCUCAGAACUGUCCUGUCGUCACCUCCCUCCUUCUAGAACCUAUGCUCCUACUAAUGCAGCCUUAGUGUCUGGCUGGCCACUCCCGCAGGGACACACGCGGGGUUUGCCCUGAGUGCUCACAGACGAGAGGCAGGCACUGUCCUCAUUUCAUGGGUGCAGAAACGGAGGUUCAGAGAGGUCAAGGGCUUGCGCAAGGUCUCAGAGCUGGGAUUUGAAGGCAGACAGCCUGGCUCCUAACCAGAUGCUAGCCUGAACCUCUCUAAAGGCCAGGAUGGAUAUCAGGACUGGCCUUGGAAAGGCUGCCUUUUGCCCUUUGUCCUCUGUCGUGGCAGCGGCCACUGCCAACCUGUGUCCCCCCACCUUGCUCCACAAACAGCUGGGCAGGUGGAGGCAGGGCUCCCCCUCUGUCAGCACCAGUCAGUUCAAGGCCAGCCUGCAGAUCCUUCUGUCAGAGGACAGGAAAUGGGCGGACACAUGGCCCCUGCCCCAGGGCCGCCUGGACAGGGCUGCCCAGACACUGCCCUGUCAACACCUCUCCCCACCGGGGGUGACCCUGGGCAAGUGCACAGCCUCCCUGAGCCUCAGUGACCUCGAAGGGCUGUGUGGGGUCACGUGGGGGCGUGUUGAGCACACCACUGGGUCGAUGGCCAUGAGCGCAGGGCUCACGGGCGUCAGGGCCUGGCCCUCGGCAGCAGAGAGGGGCUGGUUGUGCAAGUAUCCAGCGAUCAACUCUGGCCCUGCCGCUUGCAUGGCCCUGGACGAGUGCCUUUUCCGGGCCUCAGCGGCUCCAUCUGUAAAAUGAGACCAUCAGCCCUGCCUCCCUCCCGGGGCUGUGACGGGGACCCCCUGAGCUGGUGAAGGAGGGCUUGGUUAACUAAAGCGGGCUGCAACUGCCGGGGGGUGCGUCACCAUUCUUUACAGUGGUUUCCAGUGCCCAGCAGACAGAAGUGGCCUCUUAUUGGAGCGGCUUCCCCUCCAGGAGUGCCCUGGUUUGGUUAGAGGCCAAAUCAGCAGCCCCUGCCCCCGUCCUUUUGUUCAGUGAGCCCUGUUCAGAGCUGGGUCCGUGUUGGGCGCUAGGGACUCAGAACAGAGGCAGACCUGGCUGGGGCCCUGGGCGCAGGGAGAGAGGUAUGCAAGCGGCAGGGGAAGUGUGGGCCCAGGGUGGUGUGAAGGGCGUGGAGUAGAGGGUGGGCUGCCCGUGACCUCUGUUGGGGCUGCUCACAGAAGGGCUCUGGCCAGCCUCCUGGAUGCUUAGUCGUCGGUGGCCUGUCGCCCCCAACUCCCUCCCUGCUAACUGGAGCUCCUUGGGGACAGGGCCGGGGUCUUAUUUGCUUCAGUGCAGCCUCAACUCAGAUAGUGUUUGUUGAAUGAAUCAGCGAUGGAGCUUUGAGGGUUCCCUGGGCAGGAACAAUUCCAGGGGAGUCGAGGAGGCCCCAGGACACGGAUGAAGUCUGAGCUUGGGCUGGGAGGGAUGGGGGCAUCACAGCCUCCCAGGAGCUGACUGGACGUGGCCUGGGGCCAGGCCUGCAGGCGGUGCAGGCGGUGCAGACGGUGAUCCUGCUUCCCGGGCUUAAGCCUCCCGUGGUCUCCCACACACUUCCCGACACCUGGGUUCUGAGCACACUGGAACAAGGGUCCUUUGGGGUAGUGGGGAGGGAGUCCAGGUGGGCACUGACCUGCCUGCUGCCCAGCACGGCCUCUGCCUUCGGGGCCACUGGUCAGCAGGCUCCGCCCCCCACCGCAGGUAUAAGGUCUGAGAGGAGCCCGCGGGGAGCUGUUGAGGCCACCCUGGUGGUGGCAACGUACCUCCCUCAGGCACGCUGACCGCAGGGCCUUCCCUACCAGCCACGCUGUCCAUGGAGUUUGCUGCUGGAGCCAUCGGAGGCGUCUGCGGUGUUGCUGUGGGCUACCCCCUGGACACGGUGAAGGUCAGGAUCCAGACAGAGCCCAAGUACACGGGCAUCUGGCACUGCAUCCGGGACACGUAUCGCCGAGAGCGGGUGUGGGGCUUCUACAGGGGCCUCUCGCUGCCCGUGUGCACCGUGUCCCUGGUGUCGUCCGUGUCUUUCGGCACCUAUCGCCACUGCCUUGCACACGUCUGCCGGUUCCGCUAUGGCAGCGCCGACGCCAAGCCUGCCAAGACGGACAUCACGCUCUCUGGAUUCGCCUCCGGCCUCGUCCGCGUGUUCCUGACCUCGCCCACCGAGGUGGCCAAGGUCCGCCUGCAGACGCAGACGCACACGCAGAUGCAGACGCAGCAGCGGCGCCCCUCGGCCUCGGGGCCCUCGGCUGUGCCCCCCACGUGCCCUGCGCCCGCUGUGGGUCGGGCGCCAGGGCCCAAGUACUGCGGGCCGCUGCACUGCCUGGCCUCGGUGGCCCGGGAGGAGGGGCUGCGCGGCCUCUACAAGGGCAGCUCGGCCCUGCUUUUCCGGGACGGUCACUCCUUUGCCACCUACUUCCUCUCGUACGCCGUCCUCUGUGAGCAGCUGACUCCCGCUGGCCGCAGCCGGCCAGACGUCUUGGGCGUGCUGGUGGCCGGUGGCUGUGCAGGGGUGCUGGCCUGGGCCGUGGCCACCCCUAUGGACGUGAUCAAGUCGCGCCUGCAGGCGGAUGGGCAGGGCCAGCGCCGCUACCGGGGCCUCCUGCACUGCGUGGUGACCAGCGUUCGGGAGGAGGGGCCGAGGGUGCUCUUCAAGGGGCUGUCGCUCAACUGCUGCCGCGCCUUCCCCGUCAACAUGGUGGUCUUUGUCACCUACGAGGCCGUGCUGAGGCUCAUGCAGGGCCUGCUCUCAUAGCUGGCGCCCAUCCCCCGGGGCCAACCCGCCAGCAGCUUCCAGAGGCCGCAGGGGCUGGAGGGGUCGGAGGGGAGUGUCGGGGUCUGGGCCCCAGGGGGCCAUCCCCCCGACUGACCACGAGGAGGUCAAGGGGCCCAGGGCUGG